UGCAACUUUAAACAAACCACACGCUUUGUGCCUGUUCUCCUGCGAUUUACUGCGAAAAGCCUUUCUUUACAAGCAUUGGAUCAUUGUUCCUUACAUAUUACAUUUGAAUUGUUAUUGUGCUGAAGACUUGUUUAAAUUACUGGACUGAUUGUACAGAGUUAGCUCCGUUUUUAGGUUCUCUGAUAGCCUUAGGCUAAUCGGCUAACUUGGGUUAGCAUUAGCUACCUGUAAUUCACUUUACAGCAAUUUAACAAAGGCUAGUUAGUUACUAACUGUUUUAAGGAGUCGUUGGUGAGUAUACUACCCUGUUCACUUGAUACUUGGCUUGUUUGAUUACCAUUUGUAGUGUUUUCCAGCUAUCCUCAGCUACGUGUUGAACGGCUGCAUCAAAGAGGUGUCAUGCUGCGACGACAAAGGGAGAUCGACCAACGCGUAGCGGACCAGGCGUUCGACUGGCUGUGCCACAACAUGCACAUCCAGAUGGGCGAUCUGGAGGAAGAGACUUCCAGGCUGAGUCGGAUGAGCACAGCGCUGGACAAGGAGCUGUUCCUGGCGGAGAGAGCAGUGCAGGCAGCUGAGCGGUGGGUGGCCCAGGCUGAGGAUCUGCUUCCCCUCGGAGAGGAGAAGAUCCUGCAGAAGCACAAGGAGCUGGACGAGGCCACUCGCCAGCUGGUGCAGGUCACCGAGGAGACGGAGGAGCUGGAGAGGCAGGUGAAGGCCGCUGUGGAGCAGGGAAAGCUCCCACAGACGGUGCUGGAGCAGCUGCAGUGGAUCCGCUGGAACCCGGAGGACGCAGAGAUGAUCGGGGCCCAGACGCUCGCCGCCGCCGCCCUCCAGGGAGGAGUGGGGCACUACAGCAGCAGCAGCAGCAGCGAAGGGGAGGUCCAGCAGGAGCAGGAGAGCAGGAGGAGGUGGUGGAGCAGGAGGAGUAGGAGGCCCAGCCAGGACAGUGAGGAGGCCAGGCCAGAGGAGGAGGAGGUGCAGAGGGCAGUGGAGGACGUGGUGGUGGUGGUGCAGGAGGAGGAGCAGGAGGCCGAGGCCAGAGCCUCGUUGGAGGAGUGUGCUACCCAGGAGCUCCAGCAAGCGGCCACUCGGGAGGCUGCUGAGGAGGAAGAUGAGGAUGAGAAGCAGACGUGUGGCUGCUUCAUGGCUCUGUGGAACUGGGCCAGACGGAAUUCAAGUCAUCAUGCUACGGGACGUUGCUACCAGCUCAUCAUCUUAUAAACAACGUCCAAAAAUCUGUUAGCUCAAAAUCAGUCUGUCUUUAAUGAUUAGGUACCGGUUCCACUAAAGCAUGUACACUAUAGCGUGUGUUGUCUCCCUUUAGGUUUGUUUUAUUUGUACAUGUAGACUCUGCCUGCCUUCUCAGUCAUAGGGGAGGCAUUAAAUAUGGAGGAUGACAGGUGUUCUUGGCAGAGAGUCAAGGCCAUAAUCAAACAGACUUACUAAUCCAAGGCCUAGACAGACAUUAGUAUUGCUCAAAGGCCCAUAGGACCACUCUCACAUCCAUGAUUACACCACAAAACAAACAAAAGCCACGCUAGUAAACAAACAAGCUUAUCAUAGGGGAGGCAUUAAAUAUGGUGGAUGACAGGCGAUCUUGGCAGCGCUGGCGGAGCCAGACAAAUGCCCAUAGGACCCUCUCACACCACUCACACAUUCAUGAGUACACCAGGGAACACACGAGAGUCAAGAAUGUAAACAAACAGACUUACUAAUCCCAGGCAGACAUCAGUACCGCUCAAAUGCCCAUUGGAACCUCACACAUCCACGAUUACACCACGAAACAUCAAAGUCACGCUGGUAAACAAACAAGCUUAUCUAAGGCCCAGGCCCAGGCAGACAUCAGUACCACUCAAAUGCCCAUUGGACCCUCUCACCACUCACACAUUCAUGAUUACACCACGAAACAUCAAAGUCACGCUAGUAAACAAACAAGCUUAUCUAAGGCCCACACAGACAUCAGGGGGGUAUUCCAAGUACAUGUACAUGGUUU